CGCAGCAACUCCCUAAGAAAACGAGGGGCGUGGAGAAAGAAAGAGAGAGAGAAGAGAGAGAGAGCCAGAGAAACAGAGAGAUCCGUCUUCCAUACAACUUUAAAAAGAGGAAAACUUUUCCCUCACAGGCAAAGCCACCCUCCGAUUUCUUCGUCACUCCACACCAACAGAACCGUGACUGUUCGCAGCGCGUUACAAUUUUCUUCCUUCCUUUCCUUCUAUCUUUAUUUUAAAGUGAUACACGGCUUGGAUUCCAUCUGAUCCAUCUCAUCACCAUGACUCGUGGCAACCAGAGAGAUCGCGAUCGCGCGAAGAACAACAAGGAACAGUCCAAGAAGAAAUCCAAGAACGAGCUUACUGGUACGGAAUUUCAGCGGAAGAAGGAGAGCGAUGCUGCCAAAAUGCAGGCCAAACAGAAAGCAGCCGAUGAGCGCCGAGCAGCCGAAGCACUUGCAGGAGCGAAGAAAAAAUGACACUGUCCCCCAUUCUCCUCGAUAGAAAGCUCCCGGUUUUGUCCUCCCAGCCUGUCCGCCACUUCGUCGCCGCGCAGUCCGGGCACCGAGUACCUCACUAUAUAUCCUUCCCAGACCAUGCUUUUUGACACCCCUGUUUUGGCUAUAACUAUUCGGGCUCGUGCAUACUUCAUGAGUUGGUCUGCCUGUGAGGCGCAGGGCUACGAUAGAGCGCAUGCGACUAUUUCGCACGGCCUCGGGCUUUUCAACGUGAUGGAGACAACCGUUUUCGAUUGGAAGCAUGUUAUGAGGACAUGGUAGCUAGCGAGGAUUUCAUUAAAGUUGGUCACAUUUAGCGUUUUCAAGAGGCUCCCGCACAG